CGAGGCGUCGGUCGGUGUGGCGUCCCAUUCUGAAGGCUCCUCGUCGUUGUUGUAAAAGCUUUUUUUCUGACGUUUUCUGCUGAGCGAUGUCCGCCCUCCUGAAAGUAGAAAAUGAGCUGAGGACGAAAGUGGACAGCUUCAGGGAACAGAUCUCAAGUGAGGCUGAGCACCUGGUGGCCAGUUUUUUCCCUCGGAAGCUCCUUGAGCUGGACGACUUUCUGAAGGAGUCCAUUCUGAAUAUGACAGACUUGAAGGAAAUCCACUCAGAAAUCAAGUUUAAAGUACCUGAGCCCAUCCUGUUCUCUAACUGCCAUGAUGGCCUGGAUAUGCAGAACGCUAAGAAGAGGAAACUGGAAGAUGGAGGAGGGGAUGAAAACUAUCAAGGGGGAACCAAAGUGUUGGUAAUGCCAGAGGGGAUGAUCAAAAGCAACGCAAAACUGGUGGACCUGAUCGAGCGAGUCAAGCCAGAGAUCAGGACGCUGAUUGAGAAAUGUGACACGGUGAAAAUGUGGGUCCAGCUGCUCAUCCCCAGAAUAGAAGAUGGGAAUAACUUUGGAGUCUCCAUACAGGAGGAAACGGUAGCAGAGCUCAGGACAGUGGAAGGAGAGGCAGCGUCGUACCUGGACCAGAUCUCCAGGUACUACAUCACCAGAGCCAAGCUGGUGUCCAAGAUCGCCAAGUACCCUCAUGUGGAGGACUACAGACAGACAGUGUUGGAGAUUGAUGAGAAGGAGUACAUCAGUCUGAAGAUCAUCGUCUCGGAGCUCAGAAACCAAUAUGUGACCCUUCAUGACAUGAUUCUGAAGAACAUCGAGAAGAUCAAGAAACCAAGGAACAGCAAUUCAGAAGCUCUUUACUAAUGACUUUCCUACACACACACACACACACACCCACCUAGGGACAAUUUAGUUAUGGCCAGUUCACCUGACCUAGGUGGUGCAGUGGUUAAUGCGGUCGCCUCACAGCAAGAAGG